AUGGUGAAGCGACCUGCCGAUUCGUCUAUUUCCGAAGAAGAUGGUGAGACUGAAAUCACCAAUGAGAGUCGUAAACGACCACCAGAAGACCAAAAUAAAGAUGGAAAGAAACGCCUCAAAACAAAAGGCCUGUACCGCCAGCCGACGGUGAAUGAAUUAAAUAGACUUCAAGAAACCGAAACCUUAUUCAAUUCAAAUCUCUUUCGGCUACAGGUUGAAGAAAUUAUCAAUGAAGUUAAAGUGAAAGAAAAAACUGAGAAGAAAUUUGUGCAGUGGUUUACAGAGUUCAAAACAUAUAUAUUGUCUAUACCUAAAGAUAAUACAGAGUAUGAUUUAUCUGAACAGACCCUGUUCAAGAAGCUUAAAGCAAAAAUACCACUGAAUGACCAGUUGAGUAAAACUAAAUGCAUAUUUAAAUUUUAUAAAUUUAAUGAUGUUCAAAUUGUUGGCUCGUACGCACUUGGGUGUUCAAUUAAUUCCAAAUUAAGAGUAGAUUUACAGAUAACUAUCCCAUCUGUAACAUUCACAAAAAAUGAUUCAGUUAAUUAUAAGUAUCACAAGAAACGAGCAGCAUAUUUAGGGUAUGUCGCUUCACAUUUACUUACAUACGAACACAUUGAAGACCUACAAUAUUCUUACACAAACGGGUGUGAAAGUAAACCAGUACUAGACUUUAAACCAUCCGGAAAGCUCGGAAAAUAUUUAUCAGUGCGCAUUAACUUGGUGUGUGAAAGUGAUGCAUACAAGUUACACAGAUUUAGUCCGGAACGUAAUAACCUUAGGGAGGCUUGGUUAUUUAAUGAUAACUCGGAAACGAACACCGAGGUUGGCCCACCAACACCAUAUUAUAAUAGCAGUGUACUCUCAGAUCUAACAAAUUCAGCAAAUUUUGACUUUUUACAAGAAAUUUUUGAUAAAAGUGAUAAUUUAAAACAAGCAGUUGUGUUAUUGAAGAUUUGGUUACGUCAAAGAAAGCUGGAUGUAUCAGGAUACAUUGUUUGUAUGUUUGUUGCAUAUUUUGUACAAACAAAGAGAGUGAACAACAUUAUGAGCAGCUAUCAAAUUGUGAGAAAUAUUUGGAUUGCUCUCAAAACAACAGAUCUUGAUAAAAAAGGAUUAUCACUACACAAGGGCCAAGAUCCAUGUCCACAAAUAGAAGUUUUCCAUCAACACUUUCCAGUUGUGUUCAUAGACAAGACGGGAUACUACAAUAUUUGUUGGCAGAUGAACCGCAGUACUUACAACAUGUUGAAAAGAGAAUGUGCUCUGGCAAUAGAUAUGUUAGACAACGGGAAAAUUAACAGCUUCAUACCACUGUUUAUGACUCCUGUAAAGCCGUUGAUGCAGUUUGAUCAUAUACUAAGGUUUAAAUCCCUGCAGAAAGUCAAAGAAGCCAUACUGUCUAAAAGUCCAAAGGAAUCUCAAAUCAACUAUGGGUUGGACCGUCUAGUUCUCGUUGCUGAUAUCCUGUACCGGCUGCUAGAGAAAGGCCUUGGCAACAGAGUGGAGGUCAUACAUCAGGUAGUUGAAGGGGAUUUGUCAUGGUCGGUUAAGAAGAGUUUAAAGAAAGCCAGAAGUGGUUUGCAAGAAAAUAUAUCUUUCGGAUUUGUACUGAACCCCGAGAACUCCAUAAAUGUUGUGGAAAAAGGACCUCCUGCGAAUCUACCCGAGGCUGAACAGUUUAGAGUGUUCUGGGGUGACAAGUCGGAGCUCCGUCGUUUCCAAGAUGGCUCCAUCACCGAGACGUGCGUGUGGGAGGGGGAGACGCUGACAGAGCGUCGGACUGUUACGAGGCAGAUUAUUGACUAUCUGAUGAAGCUCAAGUAUGACAUAAGUCCGUCGGAGCUGUACCACGUGUGCUCGCAGUGCGACAGCGUGUUGUGGCGCAAGCUGUGGGCGAGCGCGCGCGCGCUCAGCGCCGACGACUGCGCCUUGAGCGCGCUGCGGGCCUUCGACGAGCUGCGGCGGGACCUGCGACAGCUGCAGCAGCUACCGCUCGACGUUAGCGCCGUACUAGGAGUAUCCCCAGUGUUCAGCUACAGCUGUCCCCUCCCCGCCUUGGCCCUCCCCGCCCCGUACAACCCCUGGCAGCGUGGUUCCACGUGCCUGGUGAAAGACAUGUCCAGACCUGACGGGGUGGCGACUGUGCCGGAGUACAUACCCGUGUGUAAAGCUAUUUUAGAGCUAGGCCACAGCGGCAAAUGGCCAGGAGAUCUACAUGCAUUCAGGUGUCUCAAAGCUGCAUUCCACCUACAGAUAGCAGAGCGUCUAAACCUUCAAUACUCCCUCCCUACACAAGCGUACCCCACACACAUCGACGUGCUCAAAAACGGGCUCGUGUUCCGACUAGAGAUAGCACACCCGAAAGAGAUUACAUUAUUAAAGAGAGAAGUAGAAAAGGGAGUUGUGAAGUUCAAAGAGAGUGAAGAGAGUGUGAGAUUGCAUUUGGAGACCGUGGUAAUACCGAGGCUGAGGGGCUCACUGCACGGGCUGCACCAAAGACAUCCGUCAUUUGGACCAACAGUCUGUCUGUUCAAACGUUGGUUGUCGAGCCACCUGCUGUCCCCGCCGCACUUCCCCGAAUUAGUGGCCGAGCUGAUGGUGGCGGCCGUGUUCCUACACCCUGAGCCCACGCAACCGCCCACUAACCCCACCGUUGGGCUAGUCCGAGUGUUGAGUAAAUUAGUCGAGUUUAAUUGGGCUACAGAAGUGAUCGUGCUGGAUUUCAAUGGUGAUAUGUCUCGAGAGGAGAUCACAAAAAUGGAGCAGGAUUUGUGUUCGAGCGAAGCCCGUCCCGCCGUGUGCAUAGCGACGUCGCACGACGGCCCCCUCCCCGCGCUGUGUGGCCGCCCCGCCCCCUCCCCGCACGUGCUCGCCCGAGCCACCCGCCUGGCCACCACCACGCUCAGAUACUUAGAGAACGCCAUGCUGGCUGACACCAAGGAUAAUGUGUUGGGUAUCUUCGUUCCGUCGUACUCCGGUUACGACGUGCUGAUCCACCUGCAGCCGACCCUGGUCCCGCACCGCGCCGAGCGAGUGGACCAGCUGCCCCGACUCCGCAAGUUGCCCGAAGAACCCGCCGCAGACAUCAUACCCGUCGUGGAGUUCCAUCCCGUCAAGAAAUACUUGGACGAGUUGAGAAGCGCGUACGGUGAGUUCGCGCUGUUCUUCCACGACAUCUACGGGGGGGAGAUCAUCGCCGUGUUAUGGAAACCUGACAUACAUGAUUAUAGAGAAUUCCAGUUGACGAACGCGAAUGCUUUGAAGCCAGUCACAGUGGACGGUGAGACGAAGUACAAGGUGAACAUAGAAGCCAUGGUGGAAGACUUCAGGAUACUGGGGCAGGGGUUGGUCAAAGAUGUAACCGUGCCUUGA